AUGUCUACUCAGAAUCAAGACUUUCCUGGAGAACGGAAGCGCACAUUUGGCGUGGAACUCGAGAUUAUCGUCGCAUGGCUGUGGGAUGAUGAACCUGAUCCCCAUCAAGCGAUUGCUAGUACGCUACCUCCGAUACUUAGGUGCCCUGUAAGUCUUAAGAAAGCUUAUGAUGAGGGCACUGUUGUAGGCGAAGAGAAGAUCACAAAGUUAAUAUUUAAAACGUUUACCGACAUACUUAAAAAACAUGGCCUACCUACCGACCUAAUGGAGGGGAUAUAUGAUCAAUGGAGAAUCAAAUCAGACGAAACUGUGAGCAGUAUCGAAGGAGAUUAUAAAUGGUCUGGGAUGGAGAUCGUAUCGCCAGUUGAACGAGCAUCCGAUGAGUCGUUUCAAUUAAUCAGAUACACCCUGGAUCUGCUAAGAUCAAAUUAUAGGAUUAUGGUCAAUAAUACUUGUGGGUUGCACGUCCAUGUAGGAGAUGGCAGCGAAUUAAUGCCGCUUGACCACGUAAAACGGGUUGCUGGAUUAUUCUGGGCUGCCGAUCCUCUCCUCGCUUGCAUACAUCCUCCACAUAGGAGAACUAACUUCUGGUGUCAGAGUAUUCGAGAAAGAAGUAACCUUGCUCAUGGUUUGAUUCGGGAUGAUGAUAAUCAGACUCAUUUAUCGACUUGCAAUUAUCUUGGUGGGAGCACGAGACAUGGGGAGUCACCUGUGAGCUGGAGAGAGAAAUAUCACGACCCUCGUCAUCUAAGGGCUUAUGAAGCGACUCGAGUCCAACAUGACUUCGAACCGUUCUUCAUGAAAGACCCCAAUGAUAGAUCAGCGAGCGGAAAUAAUAGAAACAUCACGCCUUCGUCAUCUGAUGGUAAUUUAGAUAUCGACAUCCAAGUUGAGAAGUAUGCGGCAGACAAAGGCAGCUGGGAUGCCAUGCCAAAGACCCCAUAUGUGUCAACGCGGGACCGCAAGACCCCUCGUUUCGCAUAUCCUGUAUACACCCCCGAAGAUCCAAACCAAACGAUGUUCUCGGUCCUAGAUGAUAAAGCGGAGGAUGACAUUGGUGUCUUUGCUGGAGUCCAAGAGAUAUAUUCCUGUGUGAGUUCAUGCAUGAUAGAGUGGCUGCUACGCGCUGGCGAUAGACCUAAUUAUAACCUCAGAGCAUACGCAUGUCGAAAUCACAAUCAACGCCUAACGAGACCGGGCACAAUCGAAUUUCGAGAGGCACUAGGCACUGUAGAUGGGAAAUGGGCGGAAACGUGGGCAAGGAUAUGUGUGGGAUUGACUCAAUUUGCUAUCCACGCUCCCGUAAAAGAAUAUCUAGCCGUUCUUUGCCAUAUAGACCGUGCGGCCAAUGAAGGAGCCCCGUACGACGUCCUAGAUCUACUCGAUGAAGCAGGCCUAUUCGCAGAGGCCGUGGUCGUCGAGAAGAGACUUAUCGAAAACAAAGAAAAUUUUCGGUUGAAGGUGAUGCCCAAUUAG